UCUCACUGUCAAACGAGUAUUUCUAAACAAUCUUUUUGAAUUCGAAAUUAAAUUAAAAUCGUAUUGUAUUUAAAAACUGAUUUAGAAAAUUGUGUAUGAUAUUCUAAUUGUUUCGGCAAACGUAAGAUGAAUUCAACAAUCUUUGACGAUUUGAACCGUGAACAUUUUGCAUUGGAAGCAGCAAAGUGUUUAGAAAAUAUUUUUGCGAAUUCCCAAAACGUAACAUCGCAGCACAAAGAGUUGUUGGAAAUAAAUUUGUCAAUAACGGCCUAUAUUGCGGAGAGUGAAAAUCGGCUCAAAGCCUUGCGCUUGAGUUUGGCCAACACAGCUGAAAGCUCGCACAAAGUUGUGGAAAUACUCAGUGAUAAAUAAAAUGACAAGCAUACCACAAACACCUCCAAAAAGAAAAUUCCAUAGAACUAUAAAUAAUUCAAUCAGGGAGACAAAUAACAAUUCAAAAACACAGUUUAAUAAACAACAGUCUGCUAGAAACUUUGCUGUAUGGUACAAAUGCAUGAUUGAUAAUGAUCGUCAGAACUUGUCACUGUAUUUAUCUGAUGAUGUCAUGUUGGAGUGGUUUGGAAAGACUAUUAAGACCAGAAAAAAAGUAUCUUUCUUCAUCAAAUAUGACAUGCAAUGCUCAAGACAUGAUUUUACUACUAUUGAAAGUAUUGAGAAGAUUCAAGCAAGAUAUGAGCCGUUUGAAAGAAAAGUUGACUCUAUUUUGGCAAGUCCAUUACACUCUCCAGAAAUUGGAAUACCAAGGCGAUGUGGUAAAAGGAAAAUGGACUCAGGCAGUAACAGUCCUCAGUGGGCUGAAGGCUGCAAACCUGACGAUGAUGAUGAACCAGUUUUUAUAGCAAAAAAGAGGGCUAAAGCUCAUGAUAUUGUCUCCAUGCAUACAUCAGAGAACUAUACAAGCAGUGACAUAAAAAAUAUUUCUGAAGAAAAUCAUGAUAUAAGCAACAAAGGUGAUGGUAUAAUUAGGCGUAAACGUAAAUUAACGUCUAUAACCCCACCGAAUUUAGAAUGUGGACAAGGUGACUGUCUUCCUUCAACUAGUGGUACUUCCAAUUCGGAAGCAUCACAUGAUACUUUAAAUGCUCAACUUCCUAAACUAGCUGUAGAAUGUAACGGCUAUAUAGAAUUUACUAGAACAAGAAACAAUCGUAGUACUGAGGGUAUGAAAUGGGACAGAAAAUGUAAAAUACAAGUUAGUUAUUCUGAAGACCCUCUUAAUGUUGGUGAAUAUAUUAUAUGGGGCUUACGGUACAGUGAUGAGAGUAAAUGUCGGAGGAAUUUGUUGGCAGCUUUUGAGGAAGCAUCGAAAGAAUAGUCGUUUUACUUUUAAAAGUUCUAUUUGUAUAUUUUAAUAAAAUUGUGGUCACAAGUCACAAGAUACAAACUUAAAGAUUGACAUAUUAAUUGUUCCUACUUGAAAAUUUCAAAUAAGUAGAAUUAUUUCUACAAGGCUGUUAUGCCCUUUGACAUGUUGUCACAACUUUGGUCAUAGGUUUAUAAUUUUUUAACAAAGGUAUUGUUAAUUUUAAAAAUGUACAACAAUACAUUU